AUGUCUGGCCAAGCAUUAUCCGCAGGCUCGGUUAUUGAGCUACCCGAUGGACGACGAGCGACGGUGCGGUUCUGUGGCACCACCCACUUUGCGGACGGAGAAUGGAUAGGACUUGAAUUAGAUGAUGCCACCGGCAAAAACGACGGCUCAGUUCAAGGUGAACGCUACUUUGAUUGUGAGCCAGGAUAUGGCAUGUUUGUCCGUCCAACGGUAGUUGGCAAGGUUGUCCAAGUUGCGCCGGAGAGUAAACAAACCACCAAACAGGGUAUCAGCACCGCGGGUAGCAGAACACAGCCUAAACUUGGACCUCCCGCUGGAUUGCGGAAGCAGACUGGUCUCCCCCUGCAGCAGCAAGGCGACAGAGUACCAAUGCAGCCUCAACUCCUACACCGGGCCCGCGGGGCGCGGCCGCUCGAGCGUCUAUACGCCGACGGCGGGCCACGCUUCUCGUCCCUCCCUCGGGAGUACCUCCCGCACCUCCACAGUGGCGUCCAACCGACCACGGAUAGCCCCCAGCACAAGAAACUCCUUGAGUUCUUCUGCAACACAAUCAGCAGCCGCCCGAGGCACGCGUCCCUCGGUAUCGGGCCCAGCAGCUCGGAUCUCAAGGCCCGGCUCCCAAAGCACUGUAGCUUCCUCAACUUCGGGGCUAGCAAAGCUGGGCGAUCCGGAGAUCCCACUGAUACCGAGUCGCAUGACACCGAAGGGGAUGGUGGCGCACAGGAUGGAUCUCCUGUUCCGAGGAACUCCCGGCAGUCGACUACUGCUACGCGCCCAGCUAUCUCGCGCCCUGGAGCACCGAUUUCUGCAACCCAGCGCCAAGUGCAAAGUGCUGCUGUCAACCGUGAACUCGAAGAACUCAAUGCUAAGCUCAAAGUCAUGGAAAAGAAGCGAGCAGAGGACAAGGAGAAGCUCAAAACUCUUGAGCAACUUCAAGCCGAACGCGAUAAGUUUGAGACGAUCAUCCAGAAACUUCAGGCGAAGUACCAACCACAGCAAAUGGAAGUAACGGAGCUACGCAAGAAGCUCAAAGAGCUGGAGGCUCGUUCGGAUCAAGUGGAACGCAUGCAGGCAGAACAUGAAACGCUCCUGGAAAUGGCCACACUUGACCGAGAAAUGGCAGAGGAGACGGCCGAGGCAUUCAAACACGAGUGUGCAGCGCUACGAUUGAAAUUAGACGAGGUCAACUUGGAGGUUGAGGUUCUCCGAGAGGAGAAUGAAGAGUACAGCCAGGAGACGACCCCUGAAGACAGAACCACUCACGGAUGGCUUCAGAUGGAGAAAACCAAUGAGCGGCUCCGCGAAGCACUCAUUCGCCUGCGAGAUAUGACGCAACAACAGGAGUCAGAUCUCAAAGCCCAGAUCAAAGAAUUGGAAGAAGACCUCGAGGAGUAUGCCGCCGUAAAGUCUGAUUACGAAGCUGCGAAAGAGAGACUCUUGGUCGCUGAGACCAAUGUUGAUGAGCUCAAGCAGCAGCUGGAGACAGCACUUGGGGCCGAAGAAAUGAUCGAAGAAUUGGCCGACAAAAACAUGCGAUACCAGGAUGAGAUCAAUGAGCUCAAGGCUGCAAUUGAGGAUCUGGAAUCUCUCAAGGAUAUCAGCGAUGAGAUGGAGUACACACAUAUAGAAACCGAAAAGCAACUCCAGGAAGAGCUCGAGUACAGGGAGACUGUCUUCAACGAGCAAUGCCGAAAGAUCGUGCAACAAGACGAAGUCAUUGAAGACCUUGAAUACACACUAACUCGGUUCAGAGAUUUGGUGACGUCCCUGCAGGGUGAUUUGGACGACAUGCGCACGAAUAAGCAGGUCUCAGAGGCAGAAACCACAGAAACUGCAAUGCGCCAUCGCCAGAUGCAAGAUUUGACUAUGAAACUACAAGCCAAUCAAUCGAAGGCCCUGGCAAAGUCCAUUGACGUCGAGCUAAGUCGUAUGGAGGCCGAGGAAAACGCGCAACAUCUUUCAAUGCGCGUCGGUUUCAAGGCCAAUGUCAUGAGCAGCACCCUUCAGGAAAAAGGAUCCGAGCACUCAAUGUCCUCCAACGAAGAGCUUUUCCAAGUCCAUGUGGUUUUGGAAUAUCUCAUGUGGAUUUCAAAUAUAUGUGAUCGGUUUGUCAACUACAUCACAGCUUGCUCGCCCGAGCAAUUUGGCAAUAUCAAGGUCGCAAUGUUUGAGAUGGAGCCCGUCGAGCGCACGUUGAACUUCUGGAUUGAACCACUGAAGAAGGACGAAGUCAAUCUUGGAAAGCUUGCAGUGGAAUUACAGCGAUCGAUUGCUCUCCUUGCACACCUUUCUGAGACCCUGCUUCCCUCCAGCCUGGAGAUGUUUGCCGAUGAGCUGUGUAUGCGCGCCCAUCUAUCCCAGUCUUACAUCGAGCAUGCAGCUGGCUCAAUCUCGCGCGUGAAGCUCAUCAUCAGCUCCAAAAUGGUAGCUGCAGAGGAGGGCGACGAGGAGAAUGUGCUUGCUCUCAACAAACUGGAUGCUUUCAUUCCUCAGGCUCGCGGAUACAAGGUCGCGAUGGGUAAAAUUUGCCGGUCUCUUGAUGACCUGCGGUCGAGAUCGCUUGCACUUCCAAAGGAGGCCGACGAACCGUUCAAGAGAAUCGAAUCUGAAACCAAGCGGCUUUCGGAGUUUGCUCGCAAACUCGGCGAGAAUCUCGUCAUUCUCACAAGCGACGAAGGACGCACAGAACCUUUCACUCCAGAGGAGAUUCUGAGUUGCAUGUCUCAGGUGUCCGCCUCCUUCAUCUCGUCUACUGAAAAUGCGGAUGAGACUAAUGACCCCGUCUCGGUGCUUUUCACCAAAUUGCGGGAAGUCGGGGACCAAUUCGAGGACCUUGAUUCCACCUCGUCUGAUUUGUCCCACACAACAGAGUUUGAACGCGGUGCAUUCCCUUGGGUUGCCCGAGCUGCGGAAUUGAAGUCUAACAAAACAACAUCUCCUGAUGCGGAUGAAGAAAUUCGCCAAUUGAGAAAUGAGAUCCACGAGGCUUCCGCCGCGCUCAGCCUCAAGGACAACACACUUGAAGAGCAAGGGCUAAAGAUCGAACACCUUGAAUCAAGGAUGCGAGAGGCAAGCAAGAAGGCUGCCAUGGUCAAGGACCUCGAGGCCAAGAUCGAGGAGAUGCAAGCAGCAGGAAUCGAACUAGAAAAAACAGUCGAGCAACAAAGGAAGGAACUUCAGACAGCUGAGGCCGAGCGAGACGAGUUCAUGGCUCGUCUUGAUCGCAUGAAACGGAUGUCUGGAACUGCAGGCCUGACGACCGCCGGCGGCGGUGCUGUCAUCGCCAGCGAGGCUUCCUUAGCUGCCAUGGAUGAGAAUGAAUCACUCCGUGCCGAGGUACAAAGCCUCCAAGCAGCUGUGCGUUACCUCCGCGAGGAGAACCGCCACACGAACAUCCUCGACCCAUACUCAGUCCAGCGAUCUACUGAAAUGCACGCCUGGCUUGACGCACCGCUCACACAUGCUAAACUGAGCCCCGAACAAGAAAAGAUUCAGCGCACUGCUCUGGAAAGUCGGGACGUCAUGACCCAUCUCCUCAAAUUAACCAAAGAGUCCCGUGUCACAGAUCUCAAAUCCACAAUGAUUGCUCCAGGCAGCGGGGACAACGACGGCACUGGCCGCACUGCCUGGCGCCCGUCGAAGACCCGCCUCCGCUAUCAGGUACUUCAGCAGCGCGAAAACUUCGAGCAUUGGGCCGAAUGGCGCGAUGAUAUUGUAAAUCAUGAACGUGAACAGGAUCGCCUGGUCGCCGCCAAGCACGAUCGCGCAAUGCGUGAUCGUGUCUCUAGACAUGCUCACAAAGCUUCGGUUGAAUUUCCUCAGGGCUUAGGUCAUGGCAUGAUGGGUCGUGCUUGGCAGAUCUUGGGCAUGCAGAAACACCGCAAAACUGGCUCUACGAGCAUGCCUGCUCUGGACGGUGUGGAGAUAGUAUCAGCAGACUGA